AUGCGUUUUAAGGCACCAAACCGGAGAAAAGCGACAGCAAAACGAAUCGAAAAGCGGAAACGUGGUGAACAAUUUUUGCGUACAGAUUUUUCUAUUACCUCAUUGCCGCUCCCAGCCGAUCCAUGUAGUCUGACCACGGCUACUAUCACCACUGAACCAUUAUCGGUUUCUAGGAAACGACAGGAAGCCGAAUUUAUGUAUGCGCGGUUUUUACGAGACAUUCUGAUUGAAAUUGAAUCAUCAGAAGAGGAAAUGGUUAAAUUCUGUCUUCAGAAAUGUGCUGCUAAUCAAGCAGACUUAAAGAUUGUCGAAGAAUUUGAAUUAUAUUAUGAUGCGUGUAAUGCGAUCUUCUGGUACACACGUCCUACAUUUCUCUAUCGUUUAUUAAACAAAGCACUGAGAGAACAAGAUAUCGAUACUCUCUAUGCAUUCCGAUACUUCAUUAGAGAUCUUCAUUUACAGCUAAAAGAACGACAUGGCUUACACCAGCCGAUAUUGGCGGAAGCAGCAACUACUGCAUGUCCUCUUACCAGUAUCGUCACUACGAAUAACUUAGUCGUCGAAAUAACAGAAACUGUUUAUCGAGGACAGCUAAUGGAUAACAACGAAUUCAAUAGAAAAAUUCAAGAUAAUGUGGGUGGCUUUUUCUCUGUAAGCAGUUUUCUCUCAACAACUCAUGAUAGGGAAUUGGCUAGUUUUUACGCUGGAGAUGGCAGCAAUUAUGUAUCACAAAGUGUUCUGUUCCAAAUUGACAUCGACACAAAUGUAAACAAAUUUCCCUAUGCAAAUAUUUCGACAGAAAGCGCGUUUGACCAGGAGGAAAGUGAAAUUUUGAAAGUGAAAUUCUUUCGAAUACAGUCGGUUGAUAGGUGCGAAAAGGGCGUAUGGAAUGUACAGUUGAAACUAACUGGUGACGAAGAUGAACAGCUAAAUAUACUAAGACAACAUAUGAGGAUGAAUUUUAUCUUUAGAUCUCCUCUUGGAAAUCUGGCAAAUUUGAUGCUAGAAAUGGCGAAUUACGAAAAAGCUCAGCAGUACUAUCUUUUGUUACUCGAAGAUGCGACAGCGAGAAACGAUCACAGGACACUCGCUAUUGUGUAUAAUAAUCUUGGCUUCUUAUGUGAUCAAUUUCAUGAACAAGCAAAAGCAACAGAAUACCAACAAAAGUCACUUCUAAUUAACCUAAAAUAUUUGCCUGUAACAGAUCCAUCUUUAGCAAUUACUUAUAAUAAUUUAGGAGAAACGUAUCGCAACAAUGGUGACUACGAAACUGCAUUAACAUAUUAUGAGAAAGCGUUAGAAAUCGAUAUGCAUUCACCUGGACCAGAUGAAGAGCUUCGUGCAAUUUGCUUCAAUAACAUUGGAAUGGUCUACCAUGCCCAAAAACGUUAUUCAGACGCGAUAGAGAUGUAUGAAAAAUGUCUUGACAUUGAACUAAAAAUCCUUCCGACAAACCAUCCAUCACUUGCUACAACAUACAAUAACAUAUCACAAAUUUAUAGAAGUCAAGGUAACUACGAGAAAACGAUAGAAUAUUUGCAGCGGACACUUGAAAUUCAACGACAUUCACUCCCAUCAAGUCAUAUUUUAAUAGCCAAUGUCUAUAAUAACUUAUCUCUAGCUUACUAUCGACAAAGAGAUUUUAGAAACGCUUUAGACAAUAUGAAAAAAGCAUUUGACACUUACAAAACCACUUUUUCAUUAGAUCAUCCGCAAGUUACGAGAAUGUUAGAAUAUAUACGUUACUUUGCAAUGGAAUUGGGAAAAUGGCCUGAUGAAGACGGCGACGAUGAUAAUAUUAAGGAAAAUUCGAAUAACCAAACUAACAAGUCACAUAAAAGUUGA